UACGUGACCAAAAUUAAGAUGAUUUCUAUAUCUUUGAGUACUCUUCUUGAAACUUUUCAUUAUUACAAAAAAAGAAGCGAAUUUGAUGGUGGGGUAGGAUGAUCUAGUACAAUUGACCACCGGACAACAGAAGAAGACGGCUGCGUCGCAAUUUGCUAGCAGCAAGCAGAGGAUCUGAAAUUAUAUAUUGGACUACAACCCAAGUUAGAUUACCCACUAUAUUUUCACAGGCCAAAAGAGAAAAAAAAAAAUGAAAAUGAAACUCUACUUGUUCACUGGCAAAGCAGCAAGGCAAGAAGAGGAGCAGAGGGAGGACUAGAAUGCUCUGAACUCAUCAUCCAAGUUUGAGUUGCUUACUGUCAAUAUAGUUGCAAUUUAGUUCUCUGAGGUGCUUCUUGUCAAAUAUAGAAAACUUCACUAAAUUAUUAUUGCUUCGAAAAACAUGGCUGAGGAAAAUCCUGCGGAUGGAAAUGUAAACAAGGAGCAGGCCACGACAGCAUCGAACGGCCACUCAGCAGUGGAGGACUCUCAAAACAACCCACAAGAUACAAGCAAGAGCAAGGAGGAUGCCACCAAAACAGUACCAUAUUACAAGCUUUUCUCCUUUGCUGAUUCCUUGGAUUACCUGUUAAUGUCUGUUGGUACAAUCAGCGCUAUUGGAAAUGGGGUCUGUAUGCCUCUAAUGACCAUAAUCUUUGGAAACGUGGUUAAUUCUUUUGGAGGAACUGAGAAUAAUAAAGAAGUGGUUGAUGCAGUUUCCAAGGUUGCUCUAAAGUAUGUCUACUUGGCUGUGGGAGCGGCUUCAGCUUCAUUUCUACAGAUGUCUUGCUGGAUGGUCACUGGAGAGAGACAGGCUGCUCGAAUAAGAAGUUUAUACUUGAAAACAAUAUUGAGGCAAGAUGUUGGCUUUUUUGAUAAAGAAACUAACACUGGGGAAUUUGUUGGGAGGAUGUCAGGUGAUACUGUGCUCAUUCAAGAGGCCAUGGGCGAGAAGGUAGGAAGUUUUAUCCAGUUAAUUGCAACAUUCGUAGGAGGCUUUGUUAUAGCAUUUAUUAAGGGAUGGCUUCUCACCCUUGUCAUGCUAUCUUCUAUUCCCCUUCUUGUCCUCUCUGGUGCCAUCAUAGGCAUCAUUAUUUCAAAGGUCGCAUCCCGUCAACAAACUGCUUAUGCAGUGGCAGCAACUGUGGUAGAGCAGACCAUAGGGUCAAUCAGAACAGUUGCAUCUUUUACAGGAGAAAAGCAAGCUAUAGCUAAUUACAACAACUCCUUAAUUAAAGCUUACAACUCUGGUGUGCAAGAGGGUUUGGCAUCUGGGUUCGGUAUUGGUUCGGUCAUGCUUAUUAUAAUGUGUAGUUAUGCUUUGGCUGUAUGGUUUGGCGCAAAGAUGAUACUUGAAAAAGGAUAUACAGGAGGAGAAGUCAUGAAUGUAGUUUUCGCUGUGUUGACUGGCUCCAUGUCUCUUGGGCAGGCAUCCCCAUGCAUGAGUGCCUUUGCAGCUGGACAAGCUGCAGCUUAUAAGAUGUUUGAGACAAUUAACAGAAAGCCAGAGAUUGAUGCUUAUGACACUAAUGGGCAACAAUUACAUGAUAUCCGUGGAGACAUAGAACUAAAGGAUGUUUGUUUUAGUUAUCCUGCAAGACCGGAUGAACAAAUAUUCCAUGGAUUUUCUCUCUCAAUACCUAGUGGUUCAACUGCUGCUUUGGUUGGAGAGAGUGGAAGUGGUAAAUCAACUGUAAUCAGUUUGAUUGAGAGAUUUUAUGACCCCCAAGCUGGCGAAGUUCUUAUUGAUGGCAUAAAUCUCAAAGAGUUCCAGCUGAAAUGGAUCAGACAGAAAAUAGGCCUAGUCAGCCAGGAACCCGUUUUAUUUACCUCUAGCAUUAAAGAUAAUAUAGCAUAUGGGAAGGAUGGUGCAACCACUGAAGAAAUAAGGGCUGCUGCCGAGCUUGCCAAUGCUGCUAAAUUCAUAGACAAAUUGCCUCAGGGACUAGACACAAUGGUUGGUGAGCAUGGAACUCAGCUAUCUGGGGGCCAAAAGCAGAGAGUUGCUAUAGCUAGGGCAAUUCUCAAGGACCCAAGGAUUCUACUUUUAGAUGAAGCCACGAGUGCUCUUGAUGCAGAAUCUGAGAGAAUUGUGCAGGAAGCACUGGACAGAAUUAUGAUCAACCGGACUACUGUCAUUGUAGCCCACCGCCUGAGCACAGUAAGGAAUGCUGACACCAUAGCUGUUAUACAUCGAGGAAUAAUUGUUGAAAAAGGUCCACAUUCUGAGCUAAUUAAGGACCCUGAAGGAGCAUAUAGCCAACUUAUAAGGUUGCAAGAAAUGAGCACCGUGUUAGAACAGAGUGCUGUAAAUGAUCACGAAAGGCUUAGCAGUGUGGAUUCUCAAAGACACUCAAGUCAAAGAUUUUCAAACUUACGAUCCAUAAGCCGGGGAUCAUCUGGAAGAGGAAAUAGUAGUCGUCAUUCCUUCUCGAACUCAUAUGGUGUACCCAUAGGUGUCCUUGAAACUGCAUCUGCAGAGCCUGAUAUUCCUGCUUCAACAUCAUCAACAGUGCCUCCAGAAGUCUCACUUAGCCGCCUGGCUUAUCUGAACAAGCCAGAGAUCCCAGUAUUAUUACUAGGUACUAUAGCUGCAGCAGCCAAUGGGGUGAUCUUACCUAUUUUUGGGAUAAUGAUAUCCAGUAUUAUCAAGACCUUCUUUGAGCCACCUCAUCAACUCCGUAAGGAUUCGAAGUUUUGGGCAUUAAUCUUUCUUGUUCUUGGAGUGGGAUCUUUCAUAGCACAGCCAUCAAGACAAUACCUUUUUUCUGUGGCCGGGUGUAAGUUAAUAAAACGAGUCCGGUCAAUGUGCUUUGAGAAGGUGGUUUAUAUGGAAGUAAGUUGGUUUGACGAUCCUGAGCACUCAAGUGGUGCAAUUGGUGCAAGGCUUUCUGUAGAUGCAGCUUCUCUGCGUGGUCUUGUUGGAGAUGCUCUAGGUUUGCUGGUUCAGAAUUUAGCAACUGCAAUUGCUGGGUUGUGCAUUGCUUUUGUAGCAAAUUGGCAACUCGCUCUUAUAAUCCUUGUUCUGCUGCCUCUAUUAGGAGUAAAUGGUUAUUUUCAAGUCAAGUUCAUGAAAGGAUUCAGUGCAGAUGCAAAGAAAAUGUACGAGGAUGCAAGUCAAGUAGCCAAUGAUGCAGUGGGGAGUAUUAGAACAAUUGCUUCCUUUUGUGCUGAAGAGAAGGUGAUUGAAUUGUACCAGAAGAAAUGCGAAGGCCCUAUUAAGACAGGGAUAAGACAAGGGUUAAUCAGUGGGAUUGGUUUUGGGCUAUCAUUCUUUUUUCUCUUUUCUGUGUAUGCCUGCAGUUUUUAUGCUGGAGCCCGACUUGUUGCAGCAGGCAAAACAACAUUCUCUGAUGUUUUCCGGGUUUUCUUUGCUCUCACGAUGACAGCUGUCGGAGUGUCUCAGUCAGGUUCCCUCGCCCCUGAUUUAAGUAAAGGAAAGAGCUCUGCUUCUUCCAUAUUUGCAAUUCUUGACCGGAAAUCGAAAAUAGACUCCAGUGAUGAAUCUGGAACAACUAUAGAAAAUGUGAAGGGAGAAAUUGAACUUCGCCAUGUCAGUUUCAAGUAUCCAACUAGACCUGACGUGCCAAUCUUCCAGGAUCUUUGCUUGACUAUUCAUCACGGCGAGACAGUUGCUUUGGUUGGAGAAAGUGGAAGUGGGAAAUCGACAGUUGUAUCUUUGUUGCAGAGAUUUUAUGAACCUGAUUCCGGUCACAUUACAUUAGACGGAAUUGAAAUCCAAAAGCUACAGUUGAAGUGGUUGAGACAGCAAAUGGGACUGGUGAGCCAGGAGCCUGUGUUGUUUAAUGACACUAUCCGAGCCAACAUUGCAUAUGGAAAGGAAGGGAAUGCAACAGAGACUGAAAUUAUAGCUGCAGCAGAAUUGGCCAAUGCUCACAAGUUCAUUAGUAGUUUACAACAGGGUUAUGAUACAGUAGUAGGGGAGCGGGGUAUUCAAAUGUCUGGUGGACAGAAGCAAAGGGUGGCAAUUGCACGAGCUAUAAUGAAGGCACCAAAGAUACUACUGCUAGAUGAAGCCACAAGUGCUCUUGAUGCUGAAUCUGAACGAGUGGUUCAAGAUGCAUUGGACCGAAUCAUGGUGGAUCGAACCACAGUCGUGGUUGCCCAUCGGUUAUCCACGAUUAAGGGUGCAGAUGUAAUCGCAAUGGUGAAAAAUGGAGUCAUUACAGAGAAAGGAAAGCAUGAAACUUUGAUCAGUAUCAAGGAUGGCAUUUAUGCUUCUUUGGUAGCAUUGCAUGCAAGUGCCUCAUCUUAGAGAGUUUUUAUCUUCUUUUUAUCAAAAGGAAAAAGAAUAUGUAAUGUAAUAUAUUUUUAUGCAGAGAGGGUAAAUUACCAAGAGGCAUUUUUUUUCUUUCUUUCUUGAAAGCUUCAAUUGGAGAGCAACA